AUAUGUAAUAUGGUAGUCACUUUCUUCUCUUAAACUUAUAAUUUUAAGCAUUAAAUUUCGAAAAUAAUUUAGCAUUUUUAUAAAAUACGUAUACUCUAUUUUUUUCUUCUGACGUUUAUCAUUUCAUCAUGCAAGAGGAAAACAUAUCACAUCUUGUUCAUCCAUUACGGGUCGGUGAUAAGGUCUGAAAUGGGCCUAUAGCCGACACUGACCACAAGUUGGUCAAGCUUGGGUUUGGGCCAAGCUUACUUUCGGCAGCCAUUAGUAGCUGACUUCACCGUCCACCUUCUUCACUUUCAAUCUUUGCCUACCAUAUAAAAAGGAUUAUUCGUUUUAAAGACUACCAAAAGCAUUUUAUAUUAAUAAAAAGGUAUAAUUAUUAGAAUUAGCACCAAUACUGCCAAUUGUCAAAGCAUUUUCUAAUCUGUUUCCACCAUGUUUAUCUUUUGUUUUCCCUUGGUGUUAGGUUUGGUCAAUCAAAUAGAUCUCAUUCAAUGUUUUUUUUUUUUUUUCUCGGAAAAGUACUUCAUUUUAUUCCAUAAAACAUACAAAAGCCCACAUGGAGGCGGCUGCUAGAACCCAUACCAGAGCGACUUAAAACAUAAACUAGGAGAUAAAUAGACAAAUUCCAUACACGAGAGCCCACAUGAAAGCGGCAGCUAAAACCCACACAAGGGGAACUUAAAGUACCAAAACAAAAGGUCAUACUCGACACUAAUACUGGAUAAAAGCUAAAACACACGAUAGUGAUCGGAAAUUUAAUUUAGCAGAUUUAAAACCUUUAUAAAGGCUACUGAUCGGGAAUUGCCGCUGCUGCCCAUAGCCCGCCACACGAUAACUCCACCUCCUGCACCACGACUUAUCGCUGCUGCACAUGCACGCCAGACGAUACCGUCCAAGAACCAAAACACUGCGACUUCAUAACCCAACAGGGAGAAUCGUUACUCGAUCCAUACAACCUUUGGAUACGGAUGUGACGCGCUUCGCGUCCACUUCCUCCGAGAUAGAAGUCCAGCCACCUUCCCAACUAAAACGAGGCCUUACCAGACGGACAGACAGAUCCACACUGUCUAAGAACCGAAUCGAUAAGCAAUCACUGCAUCCACCACUCUACGAAUAAUCUGCUAAACCAACUCUCACCACACCAUAUGUGCAUUCCGACCAAACUUUCAAUCCUUCCAGACUGACACUAUAGUGCUUCAUAGUCUGAAGCUUAAACACCAUGACCAAGCUAAAAGAUGAACCUUGACUAGUACAUCGGGACUGGGUAUACUAGAUCGCAACUUCAAGAAAAGCGAAGACCAUACCACCGGCAUAACCACACCACUGUCAUUGACGCUGAGAUGAGGAUCUCUGUCGCUUCAUCCAUAAAUGCUUCACCUUUGUUUACUAGCUCCAUCGACAUGACUCUCACCGGGCGUCAACUCCGAGCAUCGAAGAAAGACAGCUUCUUUCCGUCGUCUGUUGAGUCACUCCUACAGUCGUCUCACCAUCGCAGGGAUAGGUAGAUCCGGCAUUGAGGAGACGUCUCGCCGUUGUCACGCGCCGUCGUCGAGAGGGCUUUGUCGAAGAUCUCAAAAGGGAAAAUCAGAUCUAACAAAGCCCUCGGCGUGAGAGGAGCGUCCGAGAUCUAAAACGGAAAAUCGAUUCGUUGUCUCCUCUCAACCCUAAAAGCCGACCUGCCUCGAUUCCGCCUUCCUACGACUCACUGCUCCUCCAAGAACGCCGUGAGAUGGCCCCUUGACCAGACAAGUCUCCGGAGUCACCCCGACAAGCCAGAACAGCACGUAUCUCGCCUUAGGGUUUGGAGAAAAAACGAGAAGGCAAAGAGAAAAAAAAGUAAAAGAGGAAGAGGGGACCCUCCGGUCACCGGACGUAGCCGGACCGGAGAUAGAACUGUUAAACUUUUUUUAUUUUCCUCGGCGGCUGAGAGGAAGUCGAGAGAGAAGCCGUUCACAAAAGUUCUUUCAUCUCAUUCAAUGUUUCAAAAUGAAUAAUUUUUUUUUGGGUUUAAUUUAAUAAUUCGAGGUUUAUUGUUGAGUGUUGACUACGUCAGUCCUAGCUGGGUCUAUGUAUGGGUUCUCCUUUUCUGGGUAUUCUUUUGUUAUAAAAUAAUAUAAAUUUGGAAUCAAACAAAACAGAGCAAGUAGCUUUUGUAAUUAUUGUACUUUCAACUCUGUGAUCAAACAUUCGAUCCAAAAGAAAUAUACUUCCCACUGACUCUGGUGAUCAUCCUUCAUACCUCAUGAUCAAAAGAUUUGAAACCUGCUAUUAUUGAUUUUUAUCUUAUAUGUUAUACCAACAAGAUGGAUACUACACAGAUUAAAUCUCAAACUACUUCAAGGAGUUUCACAAGAGCUUUGGCACUAGCCUUCAACGAGUGGCUACUCAUGGUCAUGCUCUUUGCUAACUCCAUAUUCACCUACGUGAUCACGAGGUUUGCAGAUUACUCCCAGCUCCAGUCUCCAUGUCUUAUAUGCUCAAGGCUUGAUCAUAUCCUAGGGAGGACAGAACACUUGAAGACAUCUCAUUGGGACAUGUUUUGCUCCAAACACAAAUCAGAAAUCUCGUCGUUGGUUUACUGUCACGCUCAUGGCAAGCUCGUUGACGUCCGUGGGAUGUGUGAAACUUGUCUUCUCUCUUUUGAUAAAACCAGUAAGUCCAAUGCUGAAACUUACAAGUUAUUGGUUGGGAAGUUGGAUGACCAACCAAGCACAAGUCCAAGACACUGCACAUGUUGUAAUCAGCUGUGGAUACCACAAAUUGAUUCUACUGGUGAGGUGUUGGCUAAACCGGAAACACUAGCCAAGAUUGGUUUGGUUAUUGAUGAGAGAACCGGGAAAGAAACUUGUACACCUAAGAAAAGUGUCAGGUUCAAUGAUUUGCCUCAUGUUGGGUACACUGAGCUCAAGGUUCACUCAGAUACAGAACAAGAAGAUGUAUUUUCAGAAGAUGAAGGUGUUGCGGUUAAAGAAAAUGAUCAUAGGAUUCAAAAUGUGGACCUGGAGACAUCUGAGAAGGUGUUGAAGGAGGAAGAAAUCAUUUCAUUAGAUGAUAGUUUUGUAACAUCAAGAGCCAUGGAACAUUCUGAAGCUGCUUUGGAGGAGAAAGAAGAUUUGAUUCAGGUCCAAGAUACUUCUAUAAUAUCAGAUUCUAAGGAAAGUCCUGCAGAUGCCUUGUUGGAGGUGAGUGAGCUUAUUACAGUCAAUGUUGUGCCUGAAAUAUCAGAGGAGGUGUUAAAGGAAGAAGAGAUCACAUCAUUAGAUCAUCUUCUCUUAGCAUCACGUGGCAUGGAAGAUUUGAUUCAACUCCGAGAUAUAUCUUUAACAUCAGAUUUUAAGGAACUUCCUAAAAAUAUCUUAAUAGAGGAGUCAGAGCUUACAGGUACUUCAACAUCAGUUGCAGCUGAAACUCAUGAAGAUCUCUUAGCGGAGGAUACUGUUUUAGAGGAGAAAGAAGAGCUGGUUCACUUACAAGAUACUUCUGUAACACCAGAUUGUGAGGAAAGUUCUGCAGGUGCCUUGAUGGGGGAGACAGAGCUUCUUUGCAUCAAUGAUGUUACUACUUCAACAUCAGUUGCGGAUGAAACUUCUGAAGAUGUCUUAAUGGGAGAGACUGUUUCAAAGGAGAAAGAAGAGAUGCUUCACCUCCAAGAUACUUCUUUAACACCAGAUUUUAAGCAAAGUCCUGCACAUGCUUCAUUGGAGGAGGCUGAGCUUGUUUGCCUCAGUGAUGCUACUUCAACACCAGUUUCAGCUGAUAAUCCUGGAGAUAUCUUAAUGGGAGAAGCUAUUUUAAAGGAGGAGGAGGAGCUGCUUCACCUCCAAGAUACUUCUUUAACACCAGAUUCGAAGGAAAGUCCUGCAGAUGCCUUGAUGGAGAAGGCUGAGCUCGUGUGCCUCAAUGAUGUCACUACUUCAACAUCAUCAGAUUCUGAUACAAAUCCUGAACAUGUCUUAAAGGAAACUCAACUUAUGCCCCUCCAUGAAACAUCUCCAGAAGAGGUUCCUGAAUCAUUCACUACAGCUGAAACCCAUGUUGAUACAUCAAAGGAGAAGGACACAAACCAAGCUGAUAUGACCUCUCUAGAAUCUGAAUAUGUAGUUGUAUCACCUUCAAAAUCUACAAAAUCUAUCCCUGAAGAUUCAAAUGAAUUUAACUGUGUAUCAGACAACAAGGAAGAAACAUCUCUUACAUUGUCUGAGAUGGCUUCUCACACAGAAGCUGCUCUUGACUCAGAAUCCUCUUCUUUCAACUCAAUGUCAGUGGCAGCAGAAACAAACCUUGACUCAGGUGAGUGGACGCAAGGAGGUGGUGAGUUGCUGGAUCUUGCUGAUGCAUACAAAAACAUCAUUGUACACAACGAGAGUAAUAGAGAAGCACAUAUAGAGCAAUGGAUGAGUAAAGACACUUCUAGAGUCAGCCAAGACCUCAAAGCACUACUCACUCAAAUCUCAGCUUCUCGUAUAAGCCCCAGGAUAUCUAUUGUUGAUCAGGAGACAAAGAACCUAGACUAUGAAGAUAUGCAGCUGCUGAUCCAAAAGAGAAUGCUGGAGAGAAACGAGAGCACCUUAUCAUUAGAAGGUGUUUCCGUGAGCGAGAUAGAAGGAGAAAGCGAGGUUGAGAGGUUGAAAAGACAGGUUGAUCACGACAGGAAGUUUCUCACCGGUUUAUACAAAGAGUUGGAGGAAGAGAGAAGCGCUUCGGCGGUUGCUACGAACCAAGCGAUGGCUAUGAUCACGAGGCUGCAGGAAGAGAAGGCUACGUUUCAGAUGGAGGCUUUGCAGAACCUUAGGAUGAUGGAGGAGCAGGCUGAGUAUGAUUUGGAGGCGAUACAGAAACUUAACGAGUUGCUUGUUGAGAGAGAGAAGGUUAUUCAGGAUUUGGAAGCUGAGAUUGAUUACUUCAGGAGCAAGAAUGUGACUGAGAGAGUGAGCGACAAGGUACAGAACUGUUUAAGUGGUUUUGAUGAGGAGAGAUUGUAUAUCACUAGUUGUUUGAAGAAGAUUGAAAACAUGGUGCAAGAAGAUGUGGAUGGUGAGGCUCAUGUUGAUAACUUAGCAAGGCAAGAGUCUGUUUCUGAGCUACGUGAGAGAGUAGAGAAGCUGAAGGGAGACUUUGAUUUUUUAGAGCAUGUUGUGAGUUCUCUUGGGCAUGGGAGUGAAGGUGUACAGUUUGUUGAGGAAAUAGCUUCUCAUUUGCAAACCCUCAGCAUGAAAAGACAUAAUCAUACAGAGUGUUGAUGCCGGUUCUACCUGUAAUCACAAAGAUAACUUUGUGUAGAAGAUACUGCAGAAGAAUAUAAACGAAGCCAAGACUGGUGAAAAAAACUUAAGCAAACUGUACAGCAUUUUCUUCAUGGCCUUUCCCCCUUUAUUAUACAAUAAUAAUCUCAAUAUUUUACAGUAUUCAGGAAUGAUUCAUAUUGUUUUGGGGUUUGGUGUUUAUAUUGUCCUUGUGGAUUUUCAUUUUCUGUGGGUUUGGUUUGCAUUUUCUAUGAUUUUUCUUGUAGGAUUUGUGUGAAGAGUGUUUGUAUGUAUGUGUGUGUGUGGAAGGGGGAGGGGGAGUGUUGAAGUUUUCAUUAUAUAUUUUUUAAUUAGUUAAAUUGAUACUUUGUUAACUUGAUGUAACUUUUUCGCCUAUAAUAACAUGGUGAAAAAGUUUAAGCC